AUGGAACCUGAUUGUCAAUUGUUUGCCAUUAACCAUCCUGUUGGCAGUGCAGGGAUCAUAUCGAAGAAAGGAAAAAUGAAAAUUCGCAUGGAUGAUUAUGUGGAUCGCAUGCUGAGUGAGUUUCCAGUCAAGUUUAAGGACAAUGAGAUCCAGGAGACACCAGCUGGAAAUAAUCUACUGGAGAAAGGAUGGCAUCUGACAUUGAGCGCUGAUGAUUUGCGCGUGAUUAAAUGGUAUGUCGAUGCAUCAUUUGCUGUUCAUCCAAACUUCAAGAGUCAUACUGGAGCUGUGAUGACAAUGGGCACUGGAGCAGUGCAAGCAAUUACACAAAAACAGAAAUUGAAUUGUGACAGCAGUACACAUGCUGAACUAAUUGGAGUCCAUGAUGCGAUGUCCAAUAUUUUGUGGACACGCUUAUUUAUGGAAGAACAAGGUUACCCAAUCGAGAAGAAUAUACUAUAUCAAGAUAACAAGAGUUCGAUCCUACCUGAAACAAAUGGGAGAUCAAGCGCAGGCAAAAGGAGCCGUGCGCUAAAUACUCGAUACUUCUUUGUAACAGAUCAAGUCAAGUUGGGCAACAUUACUAUUGAACACAUGCCGACUGAUGAAAUGUGGGCAGAUUAUAUGACAAAGCCGUUACAGGGCGAAAAGUUUUGCAAAUUCCGGGCUGUAAUUCAAGGUGACCAGGAUUAG